UCAAGUGAUCCCUACCUGAGAGGCCAGAAAAAGGGUGGUCCGAAUUACAGCUGAUUCGCGGGGUGGAUGUGAUCGGGAACCGUGCUCUUUGUCUCCCCCUCGGUGUUUCCUUCCGCCUCAGUGUUUGGUGUUGCGUCGCGCAAAGCGUGAGUCCAUCUUUCCGUUGGAGAAGAUUAAGCCGCGGUGUAACGGCAAUAAAAGCUCCUCUGCAUCGGUGCAGAGUACACAAAGGCGAAAAUCCACCCCAAUCCAUCAGUGCUCGCAGUGUUGGUGAUUGUGUGUGAAGAAAUUCACCGUUCUGUCCUCAUUUCACCUGACCUGAGACUCCCCAUGUGAGGAGUCGCGGUGGUUUCCCAGUGAAAAUUACACUUUUUUUGCGUGUAUUUGUGGGCAGAAAAGAAACCUAAGCGUGGUGACUCAGUGAUUGAAGUUUGUAUGAAAGUCCCAGUUUGUGCUGCCACCUCAACUUAUCGCCUCACCCCCUGAAAGACCACAUGGAAGCGCCAAAAUGUGAUAUAGUGUCGGAUUCCUGGAAAAACAUCAAGAAGACUCAGCAUUUUGGAGUUCAGCGUGAUGGAUGAGGACUUGGAGACGGCAGUAUGAGGAAUUUUGGGGCUUCGACGCCCCACGAGUUUAACGCCAGUCGACCCCAGCAUGUUAUGCCACAACCACCCUCGAGACCAAUGAGAUUCCCAUCUGAUCGCCUUCGCAGUGUCCUCCUGAUCGCCUCCCUGGCCAUCCUUCUGGCCAUCGACGGCGCCAAGGGGGACAAUGACAACGGUGGGGACCUUCUGAAUGGAUAUAGCUUGGGACCAGAAAUCACAACAACGGAGUUUGAUUACACCAACAGGGGAAAUCGGAAGUUUGGCGACAAGUGCGAUGUGACAAAUGAUUGUGGCUUUCCUGGUUCCAUCUGCGACUCUAAGAAGAAAUCAUGCCAAUGCGUGCCCGAACUACCUGCCACCAAUCACAUAGACAAAUGUGGAAAAGAGGCUGCCAUAAACGAAAGUUGCUUCUUCAAUGAACAGUGCGAGGCCCUUAACUUCCAGACUGAGUGUCGCGAUGGACGCUGCAUUUGUCGCUUCGAGAUGAGUCCUGUGGUGAACAAGGAUGGAAGUAUUGAGUGCAAAGGCAAGAAUGAACCAAUUGAACCUGUGACAUACGUGGAUCCCGCCAUGAUUGGAGUGCUGGUCGGCAUGGCUCUCAUGUUCGUCAUUAUUUGCGUGGUUCUCAGGCUCUUCAGUCGUGCUCGCUGGCGUGAAAAUCGCACAAUCUUCAAUACACCGAAUCCACGCCUCAUGAAUGUAUCCCUGUUGCGUGAGAACAAACUAUUGCAUGGGCAGGAGAGACGCGGUUCCAGGAUGUCGGUGAGGGUGCCAUCACGCCAGCCCAGCAUGGCCUCAUUGCGUCCUCACUCACCGAGUGCAUCUCUAGGUAAGCAAGGCUCCCGCCGUGGUUCACGUGGCAGCAGCAACGCCUCGGCCACGUCCACCAAGUCUAACCGUAGCACCACCAAUAUUCCCGCUUCAGCCGCCCACAACAAUCAACAUCCUGAUCUGCGUCAAGUGCAAGCCCGUCUUGCCAACAACACGCCACCAUCCAUUGUGGAGAGUGUCACAGUCGAAAUAACAGAGCCGAAAGCAUGAAUAUACGAAGUGUCCCAUAAAUAAAUAUUUUCGAUAGAUAAAUAUUAUGAUCAUAACACUCCCGUAAGAUUGAUACGAAAGAUACUUUUUCAAUUGAAACUCACACAACCACACACAGACAAGAGUCGUGAGAAUUGAUAAGCUCGAGAGAUAAAAAAAGAAGAUUUUAUCUGUGUAAAUUAAAUGGUGAAAUAGGAUUUUUAAGUUAUUAUUCUGUCUGAAGAGUAAAAUCUAAUAAAUAUUUGCGAUAUUAAGACAUAAGAUAGCAAUGAUACCAAAACAAUGUGAGCACAAUAAAAGAAUAAAUAGUUUAUUUGUUGGCACAAAAAAAUAGCAUAAAUUCAACUCUCUGACAAAUUCUGUACAAUUGGGAGACAGACAAGCAUUAUAAAGCGAUUUCUAAAGCCAAAAAAGAAAAUAAUCAACCAAAAAGGCAUUUUCAUUGAGCGGAAAUGUAAAAACGGCGUAAAAUUGUUCAAUGGCACAAAAACGUAUGAUGAAGAGAUACCAAAGGCAAAGAAAGAAUACUGUUAAACUUAAAAAAAAAAACGUAUAAAAGCUUUAACCGCUACUCUAAUUCCUAUGAUAUAAAAAAUACCAUAUAAAAAGAAUAAAUAAGAAUAUUUGAACUUGUUUCGUGUUGUCAAGUGAAAACACCUUUGAAUGUGAAUAUUAUUUUCUCCUUCUGAAAUGCCUCCAAGAAUGAUUUUCAUAUGGAGCUGUAUUUGUAAAAGUGUUCUUGUAUAGAGAAAAGACAGAUCAUACAAGAAAAAGUCUAUUGAUAGAAUUAACAAAGAAAAGGUGAAGCUUUGAACUUUCAACUUUUGCAAUUCUUUAUAGGGACCAUAAAAUAGUCGCAUUAAAUUUUUCCAAAAGAAAAAAAAAUGUUGUUACUUAAAAUGAUACAAGGUGAAGAACGGCAAGUGUGCUCUAUUGGUUAAGAAAAGUCACUGUUCUAUCGUAUGAAUGCACUGACAUGGCAAUAUAUCGCAAAUUUAAACAAAUAAAUCUCGGUGUUAUUCCUACACAAUUUUAACAAGAGGAUAAAACAAUGUGCAAAUAAAAUCCUUGAUGAGAGAACUCUAAAUAUACGUAUUAAAAUUUUUAUUUAAAAAAUAAAAUGCGAUGGAGAAGUUAUACACAAAUGUUGCUUAAAGUGGAAGAGUUUACGAAAGUGUAAUACUUAAAAAAAAAGAAGAAAAAUCAAUCAUUAUAUAAAAAAGAGAAUAAAUAAAUUGAUGACAAUUUUACUUACUAAAAAAUAUAGUUCAAUAUAAUUGUAAAGCUUGAUUUGUGAUGAAAAGAUUACCAAUCGUGUCCAUUUCUCACGCUUUUGCAGGAUGUAUUGAAAAAUAAAUUGUGCAUGCUCAGUGGACACACGCCAUAUGCAAGAGAAAUUUUAGCAUUACUCAUCCCAUAUACAUAUUUACUAUCAUUAAUAUUUAGUUAUGGUACAUUUUGAGUGCGAUACGAAAGUGACGUGAAAGAUAUUUAAUAUUUAUGCCCCCAAAAAAAAAAACUAUUCGUGAUAUUGUGACGUUAAGCGGAAGUACUACUUUAAAGAGAGCGAGAACAACCCAAGAUUGUCUCUCUGAACAUAAUACAAUUAUCUUAAGGACAGAUGAAGAACAAUUUCUUAAAUAUAAGAAAAGCGGUAUUUUUUCAUAACUUUGUCACACUAUGUGUAAGUGAAAUUAUAUCCUUAAGGGUUACGAGGAAAGAGAGUUGAGGAUGCAAUAUGCAAUAGUGAGUCUGGCGUGUGUUUGAAGUGGAGUCAGAGAUUGCAAAAACUCACCUUCAAUUCCAAGCUCUGUGAAAGCUUCUGUGAGUCACGAAUACUUUCUAAAAGCUUAUCCAGACUUCAGUGCAACCAAAAACUGAAAGGAAAGAAGAAACAGAUGCAUGAAAAAAGAGAAAAAAAAUGCGAAAUGAGAGAAAUAUAGAAAAAUCGACAUACUCGAUAAGACUUCAAGUCAAACACAAGUCCAAUUCAUUUGGACUUGAUGAGCGGCCUCCUUAUAAAUUUUACUGUACUUUAACAAAUACUGAAUCUAUCGACUUUAAUUAUUUCCAACUAUAGUGUGUAGAAACUUUCCAAGGGAAAAAAACCAAGAACUUUGCUAAAAACUGUAGAAAAGAACAUUGAGUGAACUUUAUACAAUUGACUAAUAAAAGAAAAUAUAAUAAUACUGAAGCUUAAGAUAAGACUUUUUAAAUUUAUUAGUGAGAUAUUAAAUAUACGAAAAAUUAGGGAGUAAGAUUUUUUCCGUAAUUAAUUACAAUAUAUAGAAGCACAAUAAAAUUCUAUACAAUUACUUAUCAUUUGUAGCGAUAAGAGAUUAAUAAAAGCUUGUGAAAGAUUGUUUCAAAAUGUUAGGGAAUUAUUUAGAAGGAUUAACUCACAAACUAUUUAAAUUCGUUCAACAGCACGGAAUAAAAUAAUUCCAACCCAUUUGUUUGUCACUCAAACAAAUCGCAUAAAUUUAUUCGCAUUGAAGCACAAGAAUCCUCAGUAGAUAUUAGAAUUGUAUUUCACAAUAGAAAAGUUAAAAUUAUCCCAAGGAAAUUAAGCAUUUUAAAAGAUCACAUUAAAAACAAAGUUGGACUGGCAAGUUUGAAGGAAAGAUGGCUAAGAAAGGCAUUCGUAGAGAGAUGAACUUUUAUAGUCUCGGGCAGAAAUUCUGGAAGCUUGUUUUUUCUCGACACUAUGAAGACAGAGAGGUAAAUCGUGGAGAACACAAAUGUCAAGAAUGGAGUGAACAUUUGGAAUGAAGCACGACUUAUUUUACAAAACUCAUUAAAAUAAAUUAGAUUGUAAUGAAAAUAGAAGAUACUAGAGUUAAGGCAAAUAUUGUAGUGUAAUAUUAUUCUCAGAAAAUGAUAACUCACACAUACAUUACAUUUCAUUCUGACACGCACUUUAUGCCCCAAAUUAGCUUUCGUCGUUUCAUUAAUCAUUCUUUCCACACUUUCAUACAUUAAGAAGAAAAUGGAAGUUGUUGAGGAAAAUUACCAAUAAUUUUUCGUGCUUUAGUUGUGUGCUCAAAAAAUUAUGAAUAAAAAGCUGAACUGUGAAAAUUUUUCUACAAUAACAAUUGUGAAAUUUCUAUUAAUGUAAUGCAAAAAUGUUUCUCCAAAGGUAGCAAGAAAUCUUGCUUCUCCUUCUAAAUAUCAUAAAAAAAAGACACAAAAAUAAUACGCAACAUACAAAAAGGAAUCAAAAUAUAAUAGAGCAAAAUAUAAUAGAUGAAGAACUAAUACUUUGUAUCGAAUAUUAAUUUUUCAUAGAUGUUUUAGGGACGGAGCUUGUAGCGAAAUUUUCUGCUCCGGAUUGGAAGCACAAGAGAGUGAAAAUUGCUUUACAUUUGUGACUCAAAUCAAUUUUUACGAUGGAAAAAUCCGAAUAACUUUUGCAGAAAACACAUUUCACAAACUUGAAUAAUAAUCUAAUUCCAAAGCCCAGGGGGUAAUUAAUAGAGUUUUGCGAAGAGAUUGCAUAAAAACUAUUACUUAACUACACAGAACAAGAAACAACCUCACAGCAGAGUCAUAAAUGCUAUGGCAAUUUCAAUUAGUCGCAUAGAACAUUAGUAAUGUAACUCCUCAAGCAUACAGAGUAUCAAUUAAAAUAUUAUAAUAGCUGAUAGCAGAAAAAAAACUGAAGAAAAUGAUGGUAAAAAUUCUCUGACAGUAUGAAUGCAGCCAAUAAUGUAGUGUUGAUUCUGACAAAUUCUAUGCUAGAAUUUCUAUAACUUAGCAAAAAAAUAAAUCACACACUUCACAUAAAAGAUGGAUGACAUCAAUGAAAUAACUUCUGUAUCACUUUACAAUUAUACUUGAACUUUUAAUAAAACAAUUUACUUUACAUACUUAAAA